AUGGGCGUUUUGCGCCGUCACCACCACCACCAAAGUACAAUCUCAUUUGCUACAAUAGCUUUUCUUCUACUUACUUCAGUUUCAGCUUUUAGCCUAAACCCUGCUCGUCAAUUCACUUUUGGUGUGAGAAAGAUCAAAGAGGAAGUGAUGGAGCGAGUUCUGAGUCGGAGGCGACUCGGUGGCCCAGGAUCAUCGCCACCCACCUGUAGAUCCAAGUGUGGAAAGUGUUUACCAUGCAAACCAGUGCAUGUUCCAAUUCAUCCAGGAUUCAUUCCGGCGGCGGAUCUUGAUGAUUGGAAACCAGAAACAGAAGCUGCAGCCGCUCGUCCAGCACCGUCACUGCUCCCCCUCUGCCGGACCGCCUCUACUCUCCCUCACCGCCACCGGCUCCACUGCGUGCAGCGGUCCGCUCCGCCCCUUCUAAAAGCAAUUUAA